AUGUCUACAACUGUUUCCGAUGACACUAAUACGGAUGGAGAGCAACAACAUCAUCAACAUUCAAAUCGCACUUCUUAUAUUCAUUUAUUUGCAGGGGGACUUGCUGGUACAUUUGGUGCAGUACUAACAUGUCCCUUAGAAGUAAUCAAAACGCGCUAUCAAUCAUCAAAAAAUACAUUUUUAAAAGGACAUAAUCAUCUUGAUCUAAGUUCGUCUAUGAGUAAUACUGUAGCAUAUAAUAUACGUUCUUCAGCAUCAAUAGAAUCUAAACGUCCAAGUAUUACGGCUGCGUUUCGAUAUAUUUUAAGAUAUGAAGGUAUUCCUGGACUUUUUAAAGGUUUGAUACCAAAUUUAGUUGGUGUAGCACCAUCUCGAGCAAUUUAUUUUUUUGCUUAUGCAAAUACAAAAUCAUUUCUAGUCGAAGAAUUGGAACGAGAAACGCCAUUAGUACAUGUUACAUCUGCAGCUACUGCAGGUAUUGCCAUGUCUACAUGUACUAAUCCACUAUGGUUUGUUAAAACUCGUCUUCAACUUGAUCAAGGAAAUCUUCGUGCUAUGGAUGUUAUUCGAAGUGUUUAUCGUUCCAAUGGUAUUCGAGGAUUUUAUAAAGGUAUAUCUGCAUCAUAUCUUGGUGUAUCAGAAACCAUAGUUCAUUUUGUUAUUUAUGAACAAAUAAAAGCUCAAUUACAAUUAAUGCAAUUAAAUCAAAAUCGUUCUCCUGAUGAUCCUGAUUUAUUUAAUUUUAUAUCCUAUUUAUGUGCUGCUGCAUGUUCAAAAUCAUGUGCAAGUACUCUAUGUUAUCCUCAUGAAGUUAUUCGAACACGUUUAAGAGAAGAAGGUACUAAAUAUCGUACAUUACUUCAAACAUUCAAGACAAUUGUACGAGAAGAAAGUAUGUCUGGACUUUAUCGAGGUUUAUUAACGCAUCUUAUUCGACAAAUACCAAACACAGCUAUUAUGAUGAGUACAUAUGAAAUAAUUGUUGCUUUAUUUUCGGCAGCAACACCGUCAUCAUCUACAAUUGAAGUAACAACUGUGCAAACAAAAAAAGUUUUAUUAAAUCAAGUUGAUUCAGAAGCAAAUGCCUCACAUGAAGCUGAAGUAUAA